UGAAAUCUAAACUCAGCUUUUCUCUCUUGUCACUUCAGAGAAGCAAUCAUCAUGGAAUCAGCCAUCACCACCAUCGUCAGCCAGUUCAAGACCUACGCUGGCAGCGACGGGUCCUCCAGCACGCUGAGCAAAGAGGAAUUCAGAAACCUGGUGGCCUCUCAGCUCCCCAUCUCCGUCAAGAACGCCAGCGAUCCUGGAGUGAUUGACCAGCUCAUGGGUUCCAUAGAUGAAAACAACGAUGGGGAGCUGACGUUCUCCGAGUUCUGGCAGCUGAUUGGCAAACUGGCGAGCAAACAGGGAGGCUUCAGCCAGUAGUGAUCUGCCAUCUUCUGUCAUUUUUGAGCUAAAUGUGCAAUGCCACUUCAGUGGCACCAGUUCAGUUCAUUUAAGCUGUCUCCGGUUGUAAACCGAAGGGCAUUUUAAUUGUUUUAUCAUCCACCAGUGCCACAUUCAUAAAUGGUUAGUUAACCAUUUGUUUGAUGCCUGGUACUUUGAAUUAAAGGCUUCAUUGUCUUGAA